AUGAUUAAUAAUAUUUCAAAUAUAUUAAAAACUGCAUCAGUUUUGCAAGCUUCGUCAAAACACACUGCCACUGUUAUUUUUAUGCAUGGUUUGGGCGAUACUGGCAGAGGAUGGAUCGACGUAAUGGAGAUGAUUCAAGAAAAAGGUAAUGGUCAUAUUAAAUUUAUUUGUCCAACAGCACCAAUACAACCAGUUUCAAUCAAUAACGGAUAUAGAAUGAAUUCAUGGUAUGAUAUCAAAUCUUUGACAUCCAGAGGUGGUGAAAAUAAACACGAAGUGGACUCAUCAAAAGGAAUUAUAGAAAAUAUUAUUAGUAACGAGAUUGAAAAUGGUAUACCAUCAGAAAGAAUUUUAAUUGGUGGAUUUUCACAAGGUUGCGCUUUAUCAUUAUAUACUUUUUAUACACAAAAAUCAACAAAGUUAGCUGGUUGUUUAGGUUUAUCAGGUUAUAUGGUUUUGUCAUCAAUUUUUCCAGAGUUAAUGAAAGGAACCGUAAAUUUAAAUCAACCUUUAAGAAUGUUCCAUGGUGAAGAUGAUGAGGUAGUUUCUUUUUCAUGGGGUCAAAACGCUUUUGAAACUCUUAAAAAAGAAGGAGCCAAUGGAGAGUUUUUUAGUCUUCCAUUUUUAGGCCACAGUACAUGCCAAGAAGAAUACGAUCUUAUGACAGAGUUUAUUAAAUUGAGAUUACCACCUCAAUAA